AUGCUCCACGACCCCCGCUUCAUCGAGCGCAUUGGAGAGGACCGGUUCCGCGACGCUGGACACUACUACCAGAUCCUCACGGACGGGGAGACGGCCCAGGCUGACCUCAGCCAAGCCAACUUACGCCUGGUGGUGAGCAUAGCCAAGAAACACCUGGGGCGCGGCCUCAGCAUGCUGGACCUGGUCCAGGAAGGCAACCUGGGGCUCAUGCGCUCCGUGGACAAGUUCGACUACCGCCGCGGCUACAAGUUCAGCACCCACGCCACCUGGUGGAUUUGGCAGGCCAUCACCCGAGGCAUCGCAGACCAGGCUCGGACCAUCCGGGUCCCGGUGCACAUGAUUGAGACCAUCAACAAGCUGAGGCGGCGCCAAAGCAGUCUCCUGCAGGAACUGCAGCGUGAUCCCACCACCGAGGAACUCGCUGCGGCGAUGGAGUCAACACCGGAACGGAUCCUGGAAAUCCAAAAACAUGCCAUCGAGCCCGUAUCCCUCGAAACCCCGAUAGGCGAGGGAGAGGACACCUUCCUCGGCGACCUCAUCGAGGACCGCGCUUCCGUCACACCCUACCAGGCUGCUGCCCAUCAAAUGCUGAGCGACCAGAUCAACCAAGCGCUGUCCACACUCACCGACCGGGAGCACAAGAUCCUCAGGAUGCGCUUCGGCCUGGACGACGACCGAACCCAUACCCUUGAAGAGAUCGGCAAGCGGUUGGGCCUAACCCGGGAACGUAUCCGCCAGAUCGAGGCCAAGGCCAUACGCAAGAUGCGGCAUCAUCCAGGUCCAAGGCUCUGA